GGGCUGGAGCGCAUCUGGGUGCGUGUCCCUCGCUCCCCGGCGGCAUCGCCCAGCCGUGAGCGCCUCUGGGAGCCAACCGGCAGCGGGGCAGCGCCAUGGGGGCCGGAGGAGGGCUGGGGCUGGCGGCCGUGCUGGCGGCCGCGGUGCUGUGCGGACCCGGGGCGCUCGCCGGGCGCGUCCUCAGCGGCCAGAAGGUGUGCUAUGGUGCCUUCAAGCAUUCGUGUUACAAACUAGCCUAUUUCCAGGACUUGUCUAGACGCGUGGGCUUCCAGGAGGCCCGCCAGGCCUGUGAAAUCGAUGGUGGGGCUUUACUGAGCUUGGAAAGUGAAGCUGAGCAGCAGCUGAUAGAAAACAUGCUGCAAAACCUCACCAAAUCAGGCUCUGGGAUUUCUGAUGGUGAUUUCUGGAUUGGGCUGUGGAGAAGCGGCGAUGGACUGGCCACGUCGAGUGCUUGCCCCGACCUCUACCAGUGGGCUGAUGGAAGUAUGUCACCAUUCAGAAACUGGUACACAGAUGAGCCUUCCUGUGGAAGUGAAGCCUGUGUGGUGAUGUAUCACCAGCCAACUGCAAACCCUGGUCUGGGAGGGCCAUACCUUUAUCAAUGGAACGAUGACAGAUGCAACAUGAAGCACAAUUUUAUUUGCAAAUAUGCCCCAGAUAAUGUCUUAGAAAAAGAAUUAGGAGACAGAGCAGAGCCAGAAUACGAUAUUUUUCCAACAGUGCCAGCAGGAAAUCCUUAUGACACAAGCAAACCAGAAGAUCAGUAUCAUAUUAUUGCUACUGAAACAGGUAUAAUUCCGAAUUUAAUUUAUGUUGUAAUACCCACUAUACCACUGCUGCUGUUGAUACUGGUGGCUUUUGGGACUUGCUGUUUCCAGAUGCUUCAUAAAAGGGAAGCAAGGAGAAACUGCUUCAAAGACCCAUCUCCAUUAUCAUCUGAAUGCCUUGCAGAAAGUUUAAAUUCCAACCUGUAAAGGAAGAACAAAAACCAGUCCAAACCAGUCCACACUAUGGAUUUCAAAGACGCCUAGGAAGGACAGUAGCAUGGAGGUAUAAUGAUUUACUGACUGAAAAUGAGGCAAAAAUAACAUUUUGCAGUGAGGCUGUAUUAUAAUGUCGUCAAAGAACAUUAGCUUGGAAUGGCUUGAAAAUGCAAAGGAUCUACAAGAAUGAACUGUAAGCUCCCCCUUGAGGCAAAUGUUCAGAUCAUUUUUAUAUGAUGUUUGUUUAUUAAUUCAGUAACAAAAUAUGCCAUGCUAAAUAAAGGGUAUGUGUUUAUUUUGCUAAGAGAUGUAAGUUAGCUAGUUGUGAGCAAUGAAAUGAACAGAGCAUUUGAAGUUUUUAUGGGGAAAUAUCCACAGUGUAUGUCAGUUUUAAGACUGUUUGUAGUUAAACAAACCUCCUCUGUUUCUUUUAGUCUCUCAUGCAUUGUAUUGUAUAGUCAAUGUACAGUAAAUGGAACUGACAAUUUUACAGUGUAACAAUUAUUUAUCUUUGCAUAAAAGUUUGAUAC